AUCAAAACCCUACUUCCUCUUAAACCCUCUUCUAUACCAUUUCUUCGUCUGGCGUUGUAGCCGUUCACAGCCUAGCCUCUGCUCUAGAAGAUGGCUCCUCCCAGAGGUGGUGGGUUCAGGGGUGGUAGGGGUGACAGAGGUAGAGGAAGGGGCGGUGGUGGAGGAAGAGGAGGAGACAGGGGCACGCCGUUCAAAGCUAGAGGCGGUGGCCGUGGAGGAGGCAGAGGCGGCGGUGGCCGUGGAGGAGGCAGGGGCGGCGGCCGAGGUGGAAUGAAGGGAGGUAGCAAGGUUGUGGUGCAGCCUCAUAGACAUGAUGGUAUUUUCAUUGCCAAGGGUAAAGAAGACGCUCUUGUUACCAAGAAUCUUGUUCCUGGUGAAGCUGUUUACAAUGAAAAAAGGAUUACCGUUCAGAACGAAGACGGUUCCAAAGAUGAGUACAGAGUUUGGAAUCCUUUCCGCUCGAAGUUGGCUGCUGCCAUCCUUGGUGGAGUUGACAACAUUUGGAUUAAACCUGGAGCCAGAGUCCUUUACCUAGGAGCUGCUUCUGGGACCACUGUUUCUCAUGUGUCGGAUGUGGUUGGGCCUACUGGAGUUGUCUAUGCAGUAGAGUUUUCCCAUAGAAGCGGACGUGACUUGGUCAAUAUGGCAAAGAAGCGAACUAAUGUUAUACCCAUUAUUGAAGAUGCUAGACAUCCAGCUAAGUACAGGAUGUUGGUUGGAAUGGUUGAUGUCAUAUUUUCUGAUGUUGCUCAGCCUGAUCAGGCAAGGAUUUUGGGGCUGAAUGCUUCAUAUUAUCUAAAAGCAGGGGGUCAUUUUGUUAUUUCAAUCAAGGCUAACUGCAUAGACUCCACAGUCCCGGCUGAGGCAGUGUUUGAAAGCGAAGUGAACAAGUUAAAGGCUGAUCAAUUCAAACCAUUCGAGCAAGUCACCCUUGAACCAUUUGAGAGGGACCAUGCGUGCGUUGUUGGCGGAUACAGAAUGCCCAAGAAGAAAAAAGAUGCUGCUGAGUAGAUUGCUUUCCAGUAGCCAGUAGGCGUGUAACAAUGUUUUCAUUUCAUGAGAUUUGUGUUAAAUUUUGUUUUGAAACUUUAGUUAUCAAACGUAGUUCUGUUUUGAUAGUUUGAUCGUUUGAAUGCCCUAGAGGAAAAAAGAUACUUCUGAGUAUAUUACUUUCCAAUAGCCUGUAGGUGUUUACCAAUGUCAUUUCAUGAGUUCUAUUUAUGUUCAUCAUCACUAUAUAAUGAUUGAUGGCAUUGGCUUGAAUUUGUAUUAAUUUUGAAAAAUUUAAUUGCACCUUUUGUAUUUGAAAAA